UGAUGGAUUUUCCUGGAAGGACUUACGGACUUAUGAUAAGAGGUUGAGGUUGAGGUUGUGGAGUUAUUUGGAUAGGUACUUGUUUCAUCGUGGGGUUAAUAGGAUAGAGCGCUUUUGUAUUUACUGGGAACUUCACUAUGCGGACCAACAACAAAGCUUACUUGAAGAUGAGAGAUUUCGUUUGGACAAAUGGAUCUACAACAUAAGGUAUAAUGUUGAAUUCCUUGACAUCAAGUAUUUGGGUUGGGAGGCACUGCUCUUUCCUCCUUGCGUCUUACUUGGUGGAUCUUUGAAAUCUCUCUCUGUGCAUAUGAAUGGUAUGAUUUUUAAAGCACCCUCACUCGCUUCUUUCUCUAAUCUGGAAUGCUUGAAGUUGCAAGGUGUUAUUCUAGUAGAUGAGGGGCUUUUCAAAUGGAUCUCGUGUUCAUGCAAAUGCAUUAAGGAAUUGUCUCUUAAACAUGUUUGUGGGAAGGGGACAAAGAAUGUCACUAUUGAAGCACAUCUUUGGAAUCAUAUAUUGUGCAUUGAAUGGGUUUCUAGUAUCUGUUAUCUUUACAUUACCGGUGAGAAACUUAGAAAAAUAACUAUCGACUGGAGAUUUGGCUUACUUACAGACAAACCACAUACAGAUAAAUCAUUAAAUAUCUGUGCUCCGAAUCUCAACAGUUUAAACUGGACCGGGAGUUUGAUGAAUCAACCUAACCUUGGAAGAUUAGAAUGUUUAGAAGAAGCUAAGAUUUGUCUUCUGCCUAGUGAUGAUGAUUUUGUCUAUGUAUCUGAGGUUCUUUCCUGCUUAUCCAGUGCUAAAGUUCUCACACUGAACGACGAGACUACGAUGGUUCUGUUCAAGGGAAGUUCCAUGCCAUUGCUAAAGAAUGUUUGUUAUUUGUGUAUUCAUAUUGAAGGCUUUCUUGAUAUUCCAGUCCCUGCAAUGACCUCUCUUUUGGGAGGAAUGUCUAAGUUGAGUACAUUAAUCAUAAAGUCUGACUCUUUCUUCCGUGGCCUUCAAGCUGAUUGUCGUGGGUUUAAUAUGGGAUACUGGAAGCUGCAAUACACUGCUUUUAUUUAUCAGCUCAAGGAGGUUACCAUAGAGCUUUCCCAUGGGUCUAACGGAAUCCAGUUUGCAAGAUAUAUCCUUGAACAUGCUCAGAAUUUGAAUAAAAUGACACUUGUGCAUUCACCACAGCAGUCUAAUGCUAUGAGUAAGUUAAAGAAAAGCAAGAUGGCUUCCAACAUCACACUGGACUUUCAGGAAGAUCAAGAAAGAGGGCCUCAGAAACGAAGAAGAAGAAGAAGGGUUGUCUGAUGAUGAUAAUGUAAACGUGCUCACCAGAUAAAGGAUCAUAAUGCAGCAGCAGUAGUUUUACAGGCAUUGUCUUAUCUGAGUCCAGAGAGGUCCACAAGAGCA